AUAUAAAUAAAAAAAAAGAAAAAUCUCUCUCUCUCUCUCUCUUUCUGAGAGAAAGUUCUGAUUAUGUUUCUUUUCUCGUUAGCAAAAUCCCUCCUUUCUCCUUAUUUUCUCUCUCUUUCUUUUUCUCUUUUUUAAGGUUCCAAUUUCACUUGUCAAUUUCCUUUCAGGACAUCAAGGUAUGGGAAUGUUUCUGAAUGGAAUACUGUGGCCAAUUCAGUAUGAAAAAAUUGGACUUGGACUCUCGGGGCAUAGAGUUAUAUAGUGAAUUUUUGUCAAUUUGGAUUAGAAUUCGCUUUUGCCGGUUUGUGUUUAGUUAUGUUGUAAAACGAUGACUUAGGGUUUUAUGCGUUCCAUGAUUCUUUCUUGAUGAUGUGUUUGUUAUUUUUAUUAAACUAAAUAGUCAAAACCAAAUGUGUAAUUAUUUUGGUUGGUUUUGGAGAAUUUGAAGAAUAAUAAUCAAAUUGUAAGAAGAAGAAGAAAAACGAUUUUCGGAACACAAGUUCGAGAUAUUUUUUAUGGGUAAUAAGUUGGUAAGGAGGAAGCAAGUGGUGGACGAGAGGUAUACACGCCCACAAGGGUUGUACACUCAUAAUGAUGUGGACAUUAAGAAGCUAAGAAAGCUGAUACUUGAAUCAAAGCUUGCACCAUGUUAUCCCGGGGAUGAAGAGUGCUGUUGUGAUCUUGAAGAAUGCCCAAUUUGCUUCUUGUAUUAUCCGAGUCUCAACAGAUCAAGAUGUUGUACGAAAAGUAUCUGCACAGAGUGUUUUCUGCAGAUGAAGAAUCCUAAUUCAACCCGUCCUACCCAGUGUCCUUUCUGCAAAACCUCAAACUAUGCUGUGGAGUAUCGAGGUGUGAAAACAAAGGAGGAAAAAGGGAUAGAGCAAAUUGAAGAACAACGUGUCAUAGAAGCACAAAUUAGAAUGAGGCAACAGGAACUUCAGGAUGAAGAAGAGAGAAUGCAGAAAAGACAAGAAUUGAGUUCUUCAAGCACUGCUGUUGCACCAGGGGAAGUUCAAUACAGUUCAGUUGCAGCUCGAUCCUCUGGUGAGGAGGAAAUAGUUUCUUCUCAAGAUUCGCAGGCUGCCUCGAUGAUUAGACAACCUUCACAUCCUAGGGCAAACAGGAAUGAGGAGUUUGACAUAGAUCUUGAGGAAAUAAUGGUCAUGGAAGCCAUUUGGCAGUCAAUUCAGGAGAACAAUAGACAGAGAAAUUCUAACUAUGGAGAUGCUGCUGCAUCAUCAGGACAAUAUGUUUCAGGAGAUCGCUAUAUCUCACCAGCCAUGACCACAGUGGCUGGUUCAUCAACAUCUCCUUCUGGUGGUCUUGCUUGUGCAAUUGCUGCACUUGCUGAGCGUCAGCAGAUGAGUGGAGAAUCUUCUCUCAACCAUAAUGGAGAUAUACCAUCAUUCAAUAUGCUUUGCAGUGGCAGCAGGUUAUAUAACAGGGUGGACCGAGUUGUUGAGAACUAUCCUCCUGCAGAGAGCCCGGUUGACAUGCCAGCUGAUGGUGGGAUGACACCAACAAGAGAUGAAGGGGAAUGGGGUGUAGAUCAUGGAUCAGAGGUAGCUGAGGCAGGGACUAGCUAUGCAAGCUCUGAUGUGACGGAGGAUGCUGGUGGGAUCUGCGCAAUAUCGCAACAAGAUGAUAUUAGGGGCAGCUUUCAUAAUGUCCCUGGACCCAUUGUUCCAGAAAGUUACGAGGAGCAGAUGAUGCUGGCUAUGGCUGUAUCUCUGGCUGAAGCUAGAGCUAUGACAAGUGGUCCUGGAGUUUCAUGGCAAUAGUUUUAUGGCCAAGCUACCAGUGAUGGUCUUUCUCGAACAGAUGAUGCUGGUCAUGGCUGUUAGCUAGCUGAGUCUCGAGCUGGGGCAAAGUGCACAGUAGCUCCAUGCAACCAGUUUAAAGCUCAAGGUAGUGAUGAUCCUUUCUCUUCCUCACACUAUUAUCACUCCAUAUAUAGAUGUUAAAAAGUUAAGCAGAUUUCUAGCAAAUGAAAGGUUGUUUGUUUAUCCUAUUCAUAAUAUUUUGGAUCCCCAAUGCUAGUUUGAUUUCAUUUUUCAGCUUGUUCA